AUGAAAGAGUUAGGAGAGCUUAAACACUUUUUGGGCCUAGAAGUUGAUUGUACAGAUGAAGGAUUGUUUCUCUGCCAACAAAAGUAUACAAGAGAUAUGCUUCAGAAGUUCAACAUGUUAGAAUGCAAACAAGCUUCAACACUGAUAGAGACAAAUGCCAAGAUUUGUGCACAUGAAGGCAAAAAGUUGAACGAUAAAACGACAUACCGACAAUCGGUAGGUAGUCUUAUCUACCUAACUUUAACUCGGCCUAAUAUUUCUUAUGCAGUUGGAGUCAUGAGUCGGUACAUGCAAAAUCUAAAGAAGCCUCAUCUGGAUGCGGCUCGACGGAUCUUGAGAUAUGUCAAAGGUACAAUCAACUAUGGUCUUCUGUACAAAAGAAGCAAAGACUGCAAGCUAGUUGGAUACUGUGAUGAUGAUUAUGCAGGAGACCACGAUACUCGAAGAUCAACCACUGGAAAAAGACAACCAACAGUAUCGUUGUCAACUACAGAAGCAGAGUAUAGAGCAACAGCUGGAGCAGCUUAG